CUUGCCGGUACCUCAGUCCUCUGUGUGCUGGGACAGAGAGAUUCACAGUCGGAUGAAUAGCUUGCAGCUUACCUUAUAGCACAGACAUCCUAGUUUGUUCUGCUCUCCUGUCAUUUGUUUUUCCUUUAUUUUUUUCUGACUUGUUGGAUUAAAAUGAGCGUGUACGAUUCACAGAUUAAACUCCAUACCUUGGAGAAGAGAACCGGUGACAUCUCCGGCUACUCUUUCGGGCGCGGGGAGAUAACCUUGGGUAAUGGAUAUGGUGGUGACUUAAUGGAGAACUAUGGCACAUAUACUGUAACUAAGACUGUGUCAGGAGGCUCUGCUCAGGUGAACAUCAUUCUUCAGAGGGCCAGCAGCCUGCAAGCGCAGUGUCAGGAGUACCUGCAGAAAGCAGACUACCUUCUGCAGUCUAGUGGCGGCUCAGGACGAGCCAAAAUGGACAUUGAGACCUGCAUUUCGAUGGCCAACAACCUGAUGCAGGAGUUGCAGUUAUGUGCCAUGGAGUUGCAGACCCUGGGACAGCCCAAUGAUGUCAUCUUUCGGAGCCUGGACCAGUACCGAGAAAUGAUGCAGAAGAUCCACUAUGCUAUCGGUGGGACACUUCAACGGAAGAAGAGCCUAGUGACCCGGGAGGAUCUAAGCCGCAAUUUCCAGGAGGCCAUGGCCUGGAUUGGGCAACAGAAGCGGCUCAUUGAGACCUCGACCUGGGGAGAUGAUCCCAGUGCCAUUGAGCAGCAGAUCUUCAACCAGAACAAGUUCCACAGCUCUAUUCAGAGAAGCGCUGAGGUGGAGCGUGCAAGAGAGGAGCUGUUGCAGAAGAGAGACAAAGCCAACCUGAAUAUGCUGGAGCAGGAGUGGGAGAGCUUGCAGAGGAUGUCCUGUAACCGCACCAACCAGCUAAGGGAACUUCAGGCGAUCAUCGAGGAGAUUUCCAGGGAGAUCAUGUGGGUGAACGAGCGCGAAGAAGAGGAAUUGGUGUCCGACUGGGGAGACAAGAACAUAGAUACCUACCUCCUCAAGAGACAGGAGAACUACUCAAAACUCAUGUGUGACUUGGAAGAGAAGGAGAAGGAUCUUAACAAACUCAAACAGAAGGUAGAUGUUCUCCUUCAGAGUGGUCACCCAGCAUCCGACAAGAUCGAGGCUUAUAUGGACACCCUGCAGACCCAGUGGAGCUGGCUCCUUCAGAUCACCAAGUGUAUCAACGUACACCUUAAGGAGAAUGCAGCUUAUAGCCAGUUUUUCAAAGAAGCCAAUGAGACAUACAGCAAGCUGCAGGACCAGCAUGAUACAAUGCGUAAGAAAUUUAUGUGCGACAGGGUCACACCCCUUGAGACCCUUCAGGAACUGUUGAAGAACCUGGAGAGGGAAAAGGAGAGGCUGACAGAGAACAAGAGACAGGUACAGCUCUUGAUCAACAAGUCCAAAAACAUUGUGAGGUUGAAGCCACGAAAUGCAGAGGAGAAGACCAGCAGCCCAGUGAUUGUGAGGGCCCUGUGUGACUUCAAACAGGACCAGAAGGUGAUCCUUAACGGUGAUGAGGGAAUCCUGAAGGACAACAGCCAGCGCAGCAAAUGGCAGGUGACAGGUCCAGGGGGUCUGGACAUGCUGGUCCCAUCUAUCUGCCUUCUUGUGCCUCCCCCCAACCCACUCAGCAUUGCUCUGGCCAACAAGAACGAGCAGUACUAUGAAGCCAUCCUGGCCCUGUUUAACCAGCUAUUCAUCAACAUUAAGAGCCUCAUGUCCUGGCAGUUGUGCCUGAUUGAUAUUAGCCGCAUCAACUCACUGACCAUCAACAUGCUCAUACGGAUGCGUCCAGAGGAGUACCGUAGCCUCAUAAGAAGCCUGGAGACGAACUACCAGGAGUUCCAGCGCAACUACCGGGGCUCGGAGUUGUUCGGCGAAGAAGACAAGAAGAACAUGGAGACUCAGUACAGUGGUGCCCAAGCACAUUACAACAAAUUGGUUGUGCAGCUGCCCGGAUACGAUGGUAAGGAGGUAAAGGGGGAGGUGCUAAAGGACACAACAUUUCUGACGGAGCUGCACAACCUGCGGCUGAGGCUGGAGGCCUCUGAGAUGGGCCUCACCCAAUAUCUCCACGUGCCCCUGAGGGAAAACAGCGUUCAGGAGUGUUCCCAGCGCAUUGUCCAGCUGGAGACCCUGUACCGUGACGUUGGCACUAUCAGAGAUGAAUAUCUCAGGCUGAAGGAGAAGAUCCUGAAGCAGCUAGAGGGCAUUACGGAUUCGGAUAAGGCCAAGUUCCUCCAGACAGAGCUGACGGCCAUCAACCAGAAACUGGGCUCCCUGGAAGGCUUCUCCACUGCCUACUUGGACAGACUGAAGGCACUCCGGACACUAUUCCAGAGCAUGCUGCAGGCAGAGGACAUAAUCAAGGUCCAUGAGGCACGGCUCACAGAGAAGGACACCACGUCCCAGGACCCCAAGCUAGUGGAGGACUACCUAGGUGUCCUGAAGCAAAUGAGGAUGGAACUGGAGCAGAAGCGAGAUGUGCUGAAUGCGACAGACACCGAGCUGAACAAUGUGGUUCGCUGCAACAGCCAGAUCAGCCAGUCAUUUCACAAGUGUGACGUGGAUCUGUCCAAGUAUUCUGAGCUGGUGGGACAGAUGAAUGACCGCUGGCGUCGGAUCAUGGCCCAGAUUGAUAACAGGUCACAGGACCUGGAGAAGUUCCUUCAGCUCCUCCGACGCUACAUUCAGACCAGCUCCACCCUUGGCCAGUGGAUUGAUGAGACAGGGAAACGACAGGACAAGCUGCAGGCUGCCAAAAUCAAUGAUGUCAAGGUUCUAAUGGAGAACCUGAACCAGCAGAAGGCACUGAACUUCGAGAUUAAAGGGAAGCGAACAACCGUAGAAGACGUCCAACGAGAUGCAGACACUUGUGUUGUUUCCAUUAAGGAUUAUGAGCGACAGCUGGCCGCAUAUGGAGCAGGCCUGGAAACCCUGCUGAACAUCCCUGUUCGGCAAACUCUGCUCCAGUCUCCUGCCACAGGCAUCUCUGUAGAGAUGGGAAACCUGCAGUCCCGAUACAUUGAGCUUCUCACUCGUUCAAGUGACUACUAUAAGUUCUUAGGAGAAAUGGUAAAGAACUCGGAAGAACUGAAGAUCAGAAACACCCGUAUUGACCUUUUAGAAGAAGAUUUGAGACUUCUGAAAGGGGACAUCGAGGAUCGAAAUCUCAAAAACAAAUCUCUUGAAGACAGUUUAGCUAGAUAUGAGCGGGAACUUACCCAGUCCAAGGACCAGUUGAUUAUCUUGGAAAAAGUAAAAAAAUCACUGACAGAAACCACCACAACACUCCAAGACAAAAACAGGCAGGUAACAUUGCUGACACAGAAUGUUGAGGAUGAAUUAAGGAAGAAAAGAUCCAUGGAUGCAGAAAAUGCCAGGCUGAACCAAGCUCUGACUGAACUUCAGGCAAAGCUUGCUGCCUCUGCUGACCUCAUCAACAAGUUGAAAUUAACAGAACAAGAUCUUAUCGUGGUCACACGUGAACGCGAAAGGCUUACUGGUGAAAAGGGCAAGUUGGAGCUGCACUCAGUUGAUCUCCAGUCCAGAAUUGAUGACUUUAAGCAAGUCGUAGAUCGGUUAGAGGCUGAACUUCAAAAGCAGAGGAAGGAGACACAGGAUGAGGCUACUGGGAGGAAGAGGCUGGAGGCAGAGUUGGACAGAUUGACACAGGCCUGCAGGGAAUACACAAGCACCAUUACUGUACUUAAGCGGCAACAGGAGGAAGCCACCAAUGCAGACAGAAGAAAGGACCAGGAGCUACGGAGACUUCAAGAUACCCUGGACCAGAGCAUGAGGGAACAGAAGACUACCAUGGAGAAGAUUGACAGGCUGUCUGCUGAGUUGAAGGCUCUUCAACAACAGCUCCGGCAGGAACAAGCCCGAGUGAAGGAGGCAAACGUCCGUAAUGAGACUCUGUACAGGACCAUUGAGGAGAAGAGCAGGGUGCUGAAUGACAAUACUGUUGAGAUUGAGAGGCUGCAGACUCUUACUCAAAAUCUAACAAAAGAGCGUUUGAGGCUAGAGGAAGAGCUGAGUAACAUGAAGAUGGAGAGAGAUGAACUGAUGAAAAAAGAAAGCAGCGAAGAGGUUCUUGCCCGGAUAGCAUCUCUACAGGUCCAGCUUCAAUCAAGUGGCAAUAGCAUUGUGGAGCUUAAGAAACUUAUUGACAACUUAACUAAAGAAAAGACAAUGUUGAAAAUGGAAAUGGCAAAGGUCCAUAAAAAAUCCAUUGAGACGUCACAAAUUUUGCAUGACACCCAGACUCAGUACAAUGACUUGCUAAGAGAAAAAGAAAACCUGGUUGCCAAGAUAAAAAUGCUGGAACAGGAUAAAAGCAAAGUGCAGAGAUACGACGAUGAAAUGAACCGCAUGAAAACCACACUAGAAUCUGAACAGAGAGAGAAGCAAUGUCUCCUUGAUGAGAAAUCUCGGAUCAGCAAAGACUUUAAUUACUGGAAGACGCAGUAUGAGCUGAAGGAUGAUCAAGUCAGAAAGUGUAAUGUUGUGAAAGAUAGCAUUGAAAGGGAAAGGAACUCCCUGAAAACCGAGAAUGAAAGGCUUAUGUCUGAACUAAAGGCUCUGGAUGAAAGGUACAAACUCAGGCUAAAUUCCACAGAGAAAGAAGUCACCGGCCUGACAGUAACAAAGGAAACCAUGGAAAAGGAACUUUGGACGCUUAAGCAAGAGAAGACUGUAGACCCCUCCAUGCUUGUUUUUGAUGGCGUUCGUAAAAAAGUUACAGCACCCCAACUCUGCGACUGUAGAGUAAUCGACAAUGCCACACUUAACCAGCUGAUCAACGGCAAGAAGACCGUCCAAGAUGUGGCUGUUGAUAUCCAGGUCAACUUGAAAGGCACUGGGAUCAUUGCAGGGAUCACUGGAGGUCCUGAAGGCAAAAUGUCAAUCACAGAGGCUAAGAAUAAAAAUCUUCUUACACCACAAAGUGCCACUAUGCUCCUUGAAGCUCAAGCUGCCACGGGCUACAUCAUUGAUCCUAAACAAAAUGAGAAGAUGACAGUUGAUAUGGCUUAUGCUAAGGGCCUUGUGGAUGCACAAGACAGGGACAAAUUGAUUACAGCUGAAGCUGCCAGCACUGGUUUCAAGGACCGUCUUACUGGCAAGCUGCUGUCUGUGGGACAAGCUAUGAGGAAGGGACUAAUUGACAAAGAAUCUACACUCCGUCUUUUGCAAGCACAAGAAGCCGUGGGCGGGAUCCUAGACCCGGUCCUGAGCGUGUUUUUACCAAAGGAUGUCGCUCUGGAUCGUGGCCUAAUAGAUGAUGAUCUUUACAGGGCUUUGAAUAUGAGGCCAGAAUGCUACAUUGAUCCGGCUAACCAGCAGAAACGGUGCUACAUUGAUCUAAAGAUGAAAAGUAAACCUGAAGCUGGCACUGGCUUUCUCCUCCUUAAUGAUAUAGAUAAACCCCUAGAAGUGCCAGGUCUACGGAAACAAGUUCCAAUUCUUCAGCUUGUUUAUGCUAACCUGCUUACAACCUCUGACGUGGAUGGACUGAUUGAAGGUAGAAUAACAAAGGAGGAUAUCAUGCACAGACUCAGGUCAUACCUACGUGGCUCCAGCUGCAUUGCAGGGAUUUAUGACAAUGCUAAACAAAGACCCUUGUCAUUCUAUCAGGCCAUGAAAGAAGGUCUCCUCAAGCCUGGCACCACUUUGGAACUUCUGGAGGCUCAGGCUGCCUCUGGCUUUUUGAUUGAUCCUGUUAAUAAUCUGUACCUGACAGUAGAGGAGGCAUUGCAAAAAGGUCUGGUUGGCAUGGAGUUCAAGGACAACCUCCUUUCUGCAGAGAGAGCUGUCACAGGAUACAAAAAUCCUCGCACAGAUGAAACAAUCUCCCUGUUCCAAGCUAUUGAGAAGGGCCUGAUACAAAAAGGUCAUGGAAUCAGGUUGUUGGAAGCUCAGAUCGCAAGUGGUGGCAUAAUAGAUCCUGCCUAUAGUCAUCGCAUUGAUGUGGAUGUUGCGUAUGGGCUUGGAUAUUUGGACAGAGAGAUGAAUGAUAUCCUUUCCAGAGAAAGUGACGAGACAAGGGGCUUCUUCGAUCCAAGCACUGAAGAAAAUCUGACCUACCGGCAGCUAAAGCAGAGGUGCAUCCCUGACACAAAAACAGGGCUUCUUCUGCUUCCGCUGAAGGAACAGAAGGGUACUCAACAACUUCGCAAGCGCCGGGUGAUGAUUGUAGACCCUGACACAAAGGUUGAAAUGACUGUGCGUGAAGCUUAUGAAAAACAUGUUAUUGACUAUGAAACCUAUCUUGAGUUGUCGAGCCAGGAAUGUGAGUGGGAGGAGACGACCUUCUCAGGACCUGACGGUUCUACUCGACUCAUUAUCACUGACAAAAAAACAGGUGUGCGGUAUGACAUUCAGGAUUGUCUUAGCAAGGGAAUCCUUGACCAGGCUACUGUAGACAAAUAUCGAUCUAGGAAACUGACACUGAAAGCGUUUGCUGACUUGCUAACUAGAAAGGCAGGUUCUGGGUUGUGUUCAGAUUCCAUUAGUGUUCCAGAAGGAAUUACAAGGAAUACCCAAUCACAGACAUUUUCAUCAACUACAUCUAAAUAUGUUUCAAGUCUCUCUAUGGCACUUUCUAGGUCUGCUGAUGGUAUGACUGAGCAAUCUCCUAUUGGAGCCAUAUUUGAUUCUGCAACACUUGAAAAGCUGAGCAUCAGUGAAGCACAGCGACGUGGAAUAAUUGACUCGAUCACUGCUCAGUGUCUGCUGGAGGCUCAAGCCUGUACUGGAGGCAUUAUCAAUCCCACAACUGGGAGAAGAUUUUCACUGCGUGAUGCAGUCUAUCAAGGCUUUAUCGAUGAAGAUAUGGCUGCUAGGUUGAAUCCAGCUCAAAAAGCAUAUGUUGGGUUUGAAGAUGUGAAGACUCAAAGAAUGAUGUCAGUAGCAGAGGCAAUGAAAGAGAUGUGGCUGCCCUAUGAUGCAGGGCAGAAGUUCAUUGAGUACCAGUAUGUCACUGGUGGAUUGGUCGACCCUCAGCUCAGUCAGAGGAUAAGUCUGGAAGAAGCCAUCCAGAAAGGCUGGGUGGAUGCAAGAGGAGCACAGAGGCUUCGAGACAUCAAGCAGCACACAAAGGACCUGACAUGCCCUAAGACUAAGCUGAAGAUUUCAUACAAAGAAGCCUUGGACAACAGUCUUGUGGAGGAGAACAGCGGAGUGAUGAUGCUCCAGGCUCCUUCCAUGUCCAGCAAAGGGAUCAGCAGCUCCUACAAUGUGUCCACUGCUCCUGGAUCACAAAAUGGAUCCCUUUCACAGUCUUGGGAUGGUUCCAGUAGGGGCAGUAUGGACCACAUCUCAGUGUUCAACAGCAGUUACACCUACAGCUCCAACACUCUCUUUUAAUACCUAAUAGCAUGCAAUAAUUAUUUGAGAUUAACACAAGUAAUACAGUAUAAUUUAAAUUUUAGGAAAAUAGCAUUAACACACUAAAUAGGGCAGUGAGAGGUAAUUAGGGAAAAGGAUGUAAGUUCGUGUGUGGAAAAGAAAUACAGGUAUCCCUCAACUUGCAACCAUAUUUGAGACCAGAACCACCAGAUGCAAGUCAAUUUGGGUGUAUCAUGAUAGUAGAGAAGCAAGACAUUUAGUACAGUACUGAAAUGUACAUAUAAUACAAAAAAUAAUAAUGUGAAUACAAAAUCACAAUAUAUUAUUAGAAAAAACAUCGCACUUGAAUUUCAUAAAAAAAUAAGACACAAAUUGCAGUAUAAAAAUCAAAAGAUGGACACAGUAGCAAACAAUGGGAGCUGAGAUAGCAGAUGGUGCCUGAAGCUGCAGCAAAAUAUUAUUGUACAGUACAGUAAGUUUCUUUUUAUGUAGCGAAAUAGUACAAUAGAAGUACUGUAUCUAUCAUAUCUGCUUGUUGUAGUCGUCCAUCACAUAUACAUUACAGUAUUUGUGCUGCAUUACAAGUUAUAUAGGGAAAGUGGGUCAAAAUAUAGCUUCUCCUGUACCUGUUACACUAAGUGAUACACUCUUUAAUGUUCUAAUAUAUCUGCUUUCAGGUGCCUCUCGUUAUUUGCCAUGGACCUCGGACAGAUACCUGUAUUUACCACUACAGAUAAAAAUAAUAAUCUUCUCCUUAUAAAGCAACUUAAGAUGAUUAUGCUUGGGACAGUAGAAUACUCCAUAUUGCUUUGAGUGCUUAAUUCCUUAUAAAGGAAGAGGGUAAAUAAGGGAAUCGUACUGCAUGUCUGCAGCUUCUUUUGGUUACAGUGGAGAAAUUUCACUUUUGUAAGCACUAAAAGUUCUUGCAUUUUGUAUCAUUUAUUAUUUGCAUUAAAUCUGAAGUGCUUCUGUCAUUUGA